GCACACAGUAGGCGCGCGGGCGGGCGGGCGGAAGGGGGCGCCGGCGCGCGGUAUCCGGGGGCGGAGCCGGCGGGGCAGACGGGCGCGGGCCGGCGGCCGCGAUGGGUGAGGGCGGGCUGCCCCCGGCCUUCCAGCUGCUGCUGCGCGCCUGCGACCAGGGCGACACGGAGACGGCGCGGCGGCUGCUGGAGCCGGGGGCGGCGGAGCCGGCGGAGCGCGGCGCGGAGCCCGAGGCGGGCGCGGAGCCCGCGGGGGCCGAGGCGGCCGGGCCCGGGGCGGCGGCGGCGGCGGCCGGGGCGCCCGUGCCCGUGGACUGCUCGGACGAGGCGGGCAACACGGCGCUGCAGUUCGCCGCGGCCGGGGGCCACGAGCCGCUGGUGCGCUUCCUGCUGCGGCGCGGCGCCUCGGUCAACAGCCGCAACCACUACGGCUGGAGCGCGCUCAUGCAGGCGGCCAGAUUUGGGCAUGUGAGUGUGGCACACCUCCUUUUGGAUCACGGGGCUGAUGUCAAUGCCCAGAACCGGCUGGGGGCCAGCGUGCUCACUGUGGCCUCUCGGGGUGGCCACCUGGGCGUGGUGAAGUUGCUCCUGGAAGCUGGUGCCUUCAUGGAUCAUCACAACCCCUCAGGCGAGCAGCCAGGGGCGGGGGACAGCAGGGACGAGCGACUGGACGUCACGGCCCUGAUGGCCGCCAUCCAGCAUGGGCAUGAGGCUGUGGUGCGUCUGUUGAUGGAGUGGGGUGCAGACCCCAACCACGCGGCCCGGACUGUGGGCUGGAGCCCGCUGAUGCUGGCAGCACUCAUUGGAAGGCUUGGCGUGGCCCAGCAACUGGUGGAGAAGGGGGCCAACCCCGACCACCUCAGCGUGCUAGAGAAGACCGCCUUCGAGGUUGCACUUGACCGCAAGCACAGGGACCUUGCAGAUUACCUGGACCCACUGACCACUGUCAGGCCCAAGACAGAUGAGGAGAAAAGGCGACCUGAUAUUUUCCAUGCAUUGAAAAUGGGCAACUUCCAGCUGGUCAAAGAGAUUGCCGACGAAGACCCCGCCCACGUGAACCUGGUCAAUGGGGACGGGGCUACCCCGCUGAUGCUGGCCGCCGUCAUGGGGCAGCUGCCUCUGGUGCAGCUGCUGGUGGAGAGGCGAGCCGACGUCGACAAGCAGGACAGCGCGCACGGCUGGACGGCCCUCAUGCAGGCCACCUACCACGGGAAUAAGGAAAUUGUCAAAUAUCUGCUAAACCAGGGAGCUGAUGUCACUCUUCGUGCAAAAAACGGGUACACGGCCUUUGACCUAGUGAUGCUGCUGAGUGAUCCUGACACGGAACUUGUUCGACUGCUGGCAUCUGUCUGCAUGCAGGUGAAUAAAGACAAAGGCCGGCCCAGCCCCCCGACACCCCCACCCCACUCGAAGGUCCGACAGCCCUGGAGUGUCCCUGUGCUGCCCGAUGACAAAGGCGGGCUUAAGUCCUGGUGGAACCGAAUGUCCAAUCGGUUCCGGAAGCUCAAACUGAUGCAGACCCUGCCCCGUGGGCUGUCCAGCAACCAGCCGUUGCCUUUCUGUGACGAGCCGGAGCCAGCGCUGGACUCCACAAUGAGGGCCCCCCAGAACCAGGCAGGCCGCUCUGGGCUCCCCGAUGUGGCUCCCACGAUGAAAGACAAUGGUCCUGGGAGCACGAGAGGAGAAAAGCAAGAUGUGCUAUUGACAACCAUGCUUCGGAACGGAGCCCCCUUCACCAGACUCCCGAGCGACAAGCUGAAGGCAGUCAUCCCCCCUUUCUUACCCCCUUCCAGUUUUGAGCUGUGGAGCUCAGACCGGUCCCGGACUUGUCACACUGGGAAGGCAGACCCCAUGAAGACGGUGCUGCCCCAGAGAGCCAGCAGGGGCCGCCCCAUGGGCGUGGCCAGCGGGAGCACAGAUACCACUCCUGUCAGACCGGUUAAGUUUCCAUCUCUCACUAGAAGCCCUGCCUCUCCCGCCAAUUCUGGGAACUUCAACCACUCGCCUCAUUCCUCUGGCGGCUCCAGUGGGGUCGGGGGCAUGAGCAGGCAUGGUGGGGAGCUGCAUAACCGCUCAGGUGGCAGCAUAGACAGUGUCCUGUCCCAAAUCGCUGCCCAGAGGAAGAAAGCAGCCGGACUCGCUGAGCAGAAGCCCAGCCACCGGUCAAGUCCUGUUGGGCCGGCGCCCGGCUCCAGCCCGCCUGAGCUCCCGGUCUGCCCCGCAGGCGGUGGCGGUCCCGGCCCCAAGAAACCGGAGACAAGCAAGAGGCCCCCAUCUGGAACCUCCACUACGUCCAAAAGCACCUCCCCCACCCUCACGCCCUCCCCGUCACCCAAAGGUCACGCAGCUGAGUCCUCGGUGUCCUCCUCCUCGUCCCACCGGCAGUCCAAGAGCAGCGGGGGCUCCAGCAGUGGCACCAUCACGGACGAGGAUGAAUUAACUGGAAUCCUUAAGAAGUUAUCACUUGAGAAAUACCAGCCCAUUUUUGAGGAGCAGGAGGUGGACAUGGAAGCGUUCCUCACGCUCACAGACGGCGACUUGAAGGAGCUGGGGAUUAAGACGGAUGGGUCCAGACAGCAGAUUCUGGCAGCGAUUUCUGAACUGAAUGCAGGCAAGGGACGCGAGAGACAGAUUUUGCAGGAAACCAUCCACAACUUCCACUCCUCCUUUGAGAGCAGCGCCAGCAACACCAGGGCCCCUGGAAACAAUCCCUGUACUUGAUCCUCCUUCUGUGGUCACCAGUGUGAGCUCUGAACCCCGGUGCGGCCUCACACAGCCAGUGCUGCAGCCACCCUCUGCUGGUCCCCGUCCCUGAGACACACCUUGCUUUGUCACACCGCUGUGCCUUGUCAUGUUGUUCCCUCUGCCCGGAACGCCCGUCCUCCCUUCCCUGCUGUAGUAGGUGGUGGUGCUUGUUGCUGUGACAAACUGCAACACAGCAGACACUUAUUCUCAUGCGAGGUCCAGUAUGGCUGCUUCCACUGGCAGGUGGUUUCAACAGUGAUUCAGGGACCCAGCUCCUUCCAUCUUGUGGCUCUGCCAUUCCCGAAGGCCUCAGAGUCUUCGCUUCUGGCUGGCAGAAGGGGAAAGGGAUGGUGGAGAAGGCACAGCCUCUUAACUGCCUGCUCUUAACUGCUCACAUUUCACUUUCUCCUCCUGCUCACAUUCCAUUGGCCACCAGUAAUCACAUGGCCUCACCUGGAUGCAAAGGAGGCUGGGAAAUGUAGUUUCCAUUCAGGUAGUGGCUUCCCAGCAACCAACUCCAAACUGAGAUGGGGUAGCGCGUGUCUUGGUGAAAGGUUGGCCUUCCCUGCCACAUCUUCCUCCCCCUUUUUUUUUUUGUUUGUGAGGAAGAUCAGCCCUGAGCUAACAUCCAUGCUAAUCCUCCUCUUUUUGCUGAGGAAGACCGGCCCUGAGCUAACAUUUAUUGCCAAUCCUCCUCCUUUUUUUUCCCUUUUUCUCCCCAAAGCCCCAGUAGAUAGUUGUAUGUCAUAGUUGCACAUCCUUCUAGUUGCUGUAUGUGGGACGCGGCCUCAGCAUGGCUGGAGAAGCGGUGCAUCAGUGCGCGCCUAGGAUCCGAACCCGGGCCGCCAGCAGCAGAGCGUGCGCACUUAACCGCUAAGCCACGGGGCUGGCCCCAAAGGCAGCCUUUUCUAUAGGAAAAAAGAUUGUGUGAUCUUGGGGGACCCUUCUUUCUGGCCUUUAGUCUCCUCAUCUGCCAGGUGGGGGUUUAGGCAAGAGGAUGCUCUAAUACUCCACCCUGCCCACCCCAUAUCACUGUAGGGUUUUCUGCUCUUUAAGUGGGAGCAGCAGACCCUAAUAUAGUACAUUGUGGAAGGACUUCGGUGCUCACGUUUUCUAGGCAAAGAAGCAGAGAAUUUGGAAUUUCUUCUACGCCCUAUUAAUGCUUUGUUCCUCAGAAGAGAA